CCAAAACACCCAAAGGGUACCAGUGUAAUGCUUAGUAUGUUGGAGUAGCACUGGGAGGAGACUGAGGUUCAAACCCCCACUCAGUCAUAAAGCUCACUGAAUGAUCUUGGACCAAUCCCUAUUUCUCAGCCUUCAUUACCUCACAGGGUCAUUGUAAGGAUGAAAUGGGGGAAUAGGGGGUAGGAAAUGUAUACUUCCCUUAGCUCCUUGGGGAAGGAUGGCAAAUAAAUGAAAUAAAUCAUAAGGCAAAGCAUUGCAUCUUCUCGUUCUGUAUUUGUGGUAUUCCCAGUGGUUGGCUUCCUAGCAACUAAUUGGAUUUCCGUCCUCGUUGUUUUAAUGAAGUUGCUGCUUUUAUACUCCUAGCUCCUUACUGAAUGCUCAGGGAAGCCAGCCAGCCUCAAGAAAGCCACCUGGGGAAAGAUACCUACACCUGUUGACGCAUAACAAGCAGUCACAAAUAAAGUUAAACCCAGGAAAGGGGGUGGGCAUUUUAUCAUUGGUGAUUUCCCUCUAGAAACCCCAGGGGAAUUUGGUAAUCUAGGGUGGAACCCUCAGAAUAGAGUUGACUACAGUCUGUACCUGCUGGAGACAAUACUUUAUUUGGGACCACUUCAGAACAGGUAGGAAGAAAUGCUUGAAUUUUGCCUUGUUAGAUGUAUUUUGCUUCUUUGCCCUUUCAGGAAAACGUGUGGCCGCUUAGAGAUGACUGCACACCCAAUGAGCUCAAUACAUUAGAUUUUCUUCCUGGGUUCAUCUGUAAAAGUGCUCUCCUAAAUUAGUGUCGUAAACAACAAGUUUGUGCAGCUGGUCAGAUGACAAAUAUUUAGCACCACAGAAGCUCUGAAUCCUGUAUAUUGACUUUCUGGGCAACUGUGUUUAUCUCUGUGCAUAUACAGAAAUGCUUACAUUUUAAAUGGUUCGUGCAAGGUUGCCAUAAGUCUUCCCUUUAUCUCCCUUUGUAGUAUGCCAACACUGCUGGAAGGUGCGAUGGACACCUUAAUCAAGGUCUUUCACCAUUACUCGGCAAAAGAGGGGGACAAAUAUAAACUCAAUAAAGGAGAACUCAAGCAGCUCCUCACCAGCGAACUUACUGACUUCCUUUCGUGUCAAAAGGAUCCCCAGUUGGUUGAUAAGAUUAUGCAAGAUCUUGAUAGCAAUAAAGACAAUGAAGUGGAUUUUAACGAAUUUGUGGUUCUCGUUGCUGCCUUGACUGUUGCAUGCAAUGAUUUCUUUGAAGAGCAAAUGAGGAAAAGGGGAGAAUAGAAAUGCAAUACAAGGCUUCCUGUCAACACUCCCGCUUCUGUUUUUAUAUCAGUGCACAAUGAGCAGUUAAUCCAUAGGCAAGAUGUCUUCCAAAACCCAGCCAUUUACUUUCAGCAAGUCUCUUCGUAUCAACCCACCCAGACCCUGAGAUCAUCAUCUGAGGCCCUUCUUCAUGUACCUCCUCCAUGAGAGGUCUGGAGGGUGGCAACAGGAGAAUGGGACUUUUCUGCAGUGGCUCCCCAUUUAU